AUGAAGUUUGGAAAGCUCCUAGGGGAGCUGUUCGGCGAGGCGUCGACGCGCGGCGAGGCGGAGGCGGGCGAUGGCGAUGCAUACGACCCCGACCACCGCCCCGUGCUGCGCUACAAGGCCCUCAAAAAGUUUAUAAAGGCCCAUGCCAAGCACCACCAUGCGCCACAAGACGCGGCCGCGGGCGCGGCGGACACCGCGGCGCGCGGCGGCGACCGCGGGGGCGACGGCGGGCGGCGACAGGGGCUGGGGGAGGGCGCAGAGGGGGCCGCGGCGGCGCCCGAGCAGCUGUCGCCAGACGAGGCGCUGUUCGUGCAGACCCUCAACGAGGACCUGUCGCGCCUGAACGACUUUUUUGUUGAGAGGGAGGAGGACAGCGUCAUCAAGCUGCAGGACCUGAGUGACCGCAUUAAGAGGCUGCAGGGCUUGGCAGCCAAGGCCAGAGGUCAGCAGCAGCAGCAGCAGCAGGAGCAGGGAGAGCAGCAGGGAGAGCAGCAGGCAGAGGAGCAAGCAGAGGAGCAGGCAGAUGCGCAGCAGCGGCGGCGGCAGCAGCAGCAGCAGCAGCAGCGUCCAGCAGGCACGCUCCCGCCGUCGAUAACCCAUGAGGCGCGGGGCCUGAGGGCUGAGCUGGUGGACCUUCACGGGGAGAUGGUGCUGCUGCAGCACUGGUCGAUGCUCAACUACUCUGGCGUGGUAAAGAUCAUCAAGAAGCAUGACAAGCACUCCGACAUCCUCAUGAGGGCGCCCUACCUGGAGUCGGUGCUGCAGCAGCCCUUCUACAGCCACGGCGUCAUGUGCCGCCUGGUGCGCACCGCGGAGGAGCACAUAGAUGCGCUCGCGGCCAGCGGCCUGCUGCCCGCCGGCGAGGGCAGCAGCGGCGGCGGCGCCGCCCCGGCCGGCGUCGCGUCGGCGGCCUCUGAGCGCGGCCGCGCGCGCGCCGAGGUCUUCCGUCAGACGCAGCAGGCGCUCGACACGUGGAAGAGCAUGCGCGAGAGCGCCAAGACGCCCUCGACAGUGCUGCCUGCUGAGGGGUCGGAGCUGCUGCGGCAGCUGCAGGUCAGGGAGCGCUGGGCGCGGCUGACGGCGCGGCCCGUGGGGGAGCAGGGGGAGGGCGCCGACCCCGCGGGUGCGGGGAAGCGCGCCGCCGCGGAGGGUGAGGGGCCGGGCAAUGGGGGCGGCGAGCCCGCUGCCAAGCGGGCGCAUGUGGUUGGCUCGGCGUAG